AUGAUUCACCAACCGCAGUCCCGCACCGGAAUCAUAGCCUUCAUCAUGGACACGCACGGCCGCCAGCUUCCAGGCAGCGAGACCAGACACCUAGCCCCCCAGUUGACGGGCGGCCCCGUCACAGCUCGCAUGCCUCUUCAGCCGACAAUACGACCUCACAAGUCUAUCGACGCGCCUUGGGGCUCUGUAAACACAGAAGCCGCUGCUGCUGCAUCGCCAUAUCAAGACGGACCCUGGAAUCAACGCCCUCUUGCAAUCUCCAAGCAAAGAGGUUCUGUCGAGCGGGAUAGCAGCAACGGUGUCAACCUGAUAAGGGAAGAAUUUUCUCCCCAUGCUGUACCAAACGGAGCCUUGCAGCAUAUUAACAAAUCGUUUGUUAAUACAGAUACGCUUGCUACAGUAGUAUCGCGUCUAGCGUCAGCCCCUGGUGAGGAAACACUGGUUCCUGCGCCGUUUGAGCCCUCAAGGCAGAGGAGACAAGGGGACGACGAUGCUGAGUCGGUCAUUACACAUGAAACAAUUCAUGUUGCCACCGGGUACGAGUCCAAGGCGCCAUCUCCAAGUCGUUCUUCGCAAGCAUCAUCCGAUUUGUCACCUGUGCCUGUGUCGCAGAUCUGCGCAAACCUGGAUCGCAGCAACACUGGCGCGACCGAGUCUGUACAAGACACUAAGUCGCGUGCCUCGAAGCGUAAAGAGCCUGUUCAAGACAGCAGCAUGUUCCAACCUUGGUCUCGCCUCGAGAACGGCGGUUCCGUGGCCAGUCUUGUUCAUCCGUCGCCAAAUGAUGAAGCCUCUACCGAAGCUACCCAAGGGAAAACCGUCGGUGAUGAGGCCCUUCAGCCUGUGGCGGGGGGAUCAUUUGGCUCCGCGGGAGGAGCUGCUGCCGGCCAGGGCGAGCAUAUGGCAAGUUCCACAAAAAGAGGAACAAACAAGGCUGGCUUACCACGACCCUUUGAUUCCUCUGCCUUCGACGCUGCCAUAUAUCAGCAACCGGGAGCAGCGCCACCCCCGUCCGGCGUCCUGAACUCGGUUGUCACGAGCAAAGCACCAAGGUGGCCGAGCGGGGGCCAGGUGCGUUUCAUCCAUGCCAAUCCUGCUGUUCACCGCAUGCACGUGAGGUCCGAAGCGUGGUUCGCGAAGAAAUCCGCGGAAAUUCGGGCACGCGGCGGUCGCAAGUUUUGGUUAGGCAAAGUAUCCCAGAGACUUCGAUGGCUGCAGAGUGAACGGCUCAAGCUUCAGGCCAGGAGAGCAGAAGCAAAGGCCCAGGGGGGCUUACCCGAGCGUCCGGAUCCGCAGCCCCAGACAUACUCUGUACCACUAGACUUUGGAGACGUGCCCGAGGGAGACUUGCCUGAGGAGGUUCGGAAAAAUCCUGCAUGGCGGAAAGCAUGUGAAUACUUUCGAGAGAAUCACAGACUAAGACGAAUCAGGCAGCGAGAAUCCAAAAGCUGA